UCGGGAACGAACACGGACGGUUUACGCGUUAAUUUUUUUUAUAAUAUUUAGGGCAGGGACUACGAAGAAUUGCUUCCCAAUUUGAAGUUGAAGCUGUACGCUGUUCCAGUUCCAGAUCCAGAUCCAUUCUCGCUCUUAGCUCUCUCUACUCGAGUCAGCUUCAGUAAUGGCACAAAAUCGUUGACCUGAGGCAGAACCAGCAGAUGACCUUCUAAGAAAGAAAAGAGGCCUUCACAAGAAUUGAAAGGCCAGAAUCUGGAGUGUGCAAGAGACUGUAAUCAGAAAGUCCUUGGGUGAGAAGAAAGCAGGUACGACCCAAACCUCAGUGCAUUCCCAAAACAAUCAGACCCAAGUCUGGAUCUUAUUCUUAACCCAACAGUAGUAACCAAGCAGAUCCAAGUAUUAAGUCAAUUUCUGCCAAGCCCAUGGAAGAGCCAUCUAAAGCUACUAAGAAGCCAAGAUCUAAGCCUAGUUUGGCCGCUCCAGUGCAGACUGAUGCCACCCCUCUGAAAAGGAAGGUGGGGAGUGAGAAAAACAGCAAGAAGGAGUCAAAGAGGGUAAAGAGGAAGCUGGCAGAUCUAGAUGAGGGUACCACAGAGGAAACACCAAAGAAGACUGUAGAUGAUUCUAAGAAGCAGUUAUUUCAGAGGCUCUGGAGCGAAGAAGAUGAAAUUGUGAUCUUAAAGGGUAUGACUGAAUAUGCUGCAAAGAAAGGGGCUGAACCAAUGGCUGACAUUAGUGCUUUCCAUGAAUUCCUUAAGAAAUCACUGCAUAUUGAUGUUAGCAAAGCUCAAUUGUUGGACAAAGUGCGAAGAAUGAAAAAGAAAUAUGAGAACAAUGUGAGGAAACGUAAAGAUGGCAAGGAUCGGACUUUCUCGAAUCCCCAUGAACAAAAAGCUUAUGAAUUGUCAAAAAAGAUAUGGGGUGAUGAAGCUAAUGGUGUAGCAAAUGAUAGCACAAAAGUUAAUGGGAAAGCAAAGAAUAACCAGAAUCCAAGAGUAAGUGUUGCUUCACCUGAAGCUGAUGAGCUUGGUUCACCAGAUGGAGAGAACAAAGUAACCAAGAAAGAAACCAGUCUAAACACAGGGAUGCCAAUGUCACUUCAGUUUAAUAGAAGCACUGGUGUGUUAAGUUCGGAGGGGAAAAUAAUAGAGCAUGGCUGGGGCAUGAUUAGCAGUCCUAAGAAGUUGGAAUUGGAGGAGAAGUGGAAGAAAUUGAGGUUGGAGGAAAUUGAACUUUUCUUGAAGCAGGUGGAUUUGAUGUACGAGCAGACCAAACUGGUACUUGAAGCAUUCAAGUCAUCUGGGAAUUAGGGUGUUAUCAUUUGAAUCAUGGUUUUGUGGGCCCUGGCUGAUGUAACAUACAAGCGUUAAGGUUAACUGUUGUUUUUUGUUUCUCUAGGACUUUGUAAUCCUAUUAGUUAUGAGUUCAGCAUCUAUGUUUUAGGGUAACACCUACAAUUACCUAGCGAAUAGUCAGGAAGUACUCUCUUUGCAAUGCGUCAACAACUUUUAUUUAAUCAGCGCCAUUUAAGUAUGAUUCCGUGGUU